GAAAUUCGUCUCUUUUGUUUAAUUCCGUCUUCAUUGAUAGAGUUUGAUAGAUAAUGUGAUCUACAACAAGUGAUUUUUUAACCAACUUUUUGUAAUGUGAAUAAGUGAAAGGGUUGGGUUAACGUUUGGAUUUUCGAUAAUUGGCUAAAUUAUAUUUCUUAAGGAGUUAAAAGUUUACUUUUGUUAAAAUGGCAAAAUUUUCAAAAAAUAUGAUCAGUCAUAAAAAUCAACUUAGUCUUUCAGGAUGUUUUGAAAAAUCUGACCAACCAAUAGAAAACGAUUUUUCACCAACAAAAAAAACUUCUGCAAGUAAAAAUUUAAGUGACAAAAAUGAUAGAAAUAAUAUAAACAUCACAAAUUUAUCUGAUCAUAUUUAUAUCGACCUUACAAACACACCUGACAUGUUAUCUCAAAAUAGUACAACUAUUUGUAAAUUGGAUUCUAUUAUUUCGGUUAAUAGCUCAAUAAAUGAUUAUAAAGAUUUGAAAACUGAGCAAAUUGAUUUUUUCAACAAAAUGCCUGCAGUUAAAGAGGAGAAUGUGAUUUAUUAUAUAGCUGAUUCAGAUGAUGAAAAAGAAAAUAAUAUAAAUAAUAUCAAAUCUAUUGAAGAUACUAAAAGUAACAACAAUUAUGCAUGUUUAAGUAUUCAUAAUAAAAGUGAAUGUAAUUUUAAAGAGAUAACAAAUACUGGCAUUAGUCAAAAAAGUAAAUUAUAUUUCAAAACAGAAAUGAACAAUGGAUCAGAUACAGAUACUGAUUUUGAAGAUUCAUUUGAUGAUAAUAUGAUGGUAAAUACAGAACAUGAUGAGGUCUAUAAUCCACCUAAAAAACUAAAAUCAACUCAACAUUUUAUUUCACACUUAUACAAUGAAAAACUAACGAAUGAUAAGAACAAACAAUUGAAGCAUCCCACAUCAAAUUUAUUACAUAAAUCUUCAAAUACAAAUUGUGGUUCUAAUACAUUAUCUGAAUUUAACAAUGAAUUGAAAAAAUGGAUGGAAACAGUUAAUACUAAUCCAUUGAUUGCUUCUAAAACUCUGCCUUUACCACAAGAUGAAUUGGAAUCUGCUAAAAACAAUCUUAAAAGUAUUCAAAAUGAGAUACUGGAAAAUUAUUUCAAACUCAUCGACAAAAUUCCUCUUGAAAUUUUAAAUGAAUUUCCUCAUUUUGAUUCAAAAUUAUAUCAAAGUUUAAGAAGUUUAUACCAUAGAGUUAAAGCAAAAAUAUGUCAAACAGAUAAAAAAUUGUUAAGUAUUUGUACUCGAUCGCUGACUAGUAAUCUAAAAACAAUUAAAAAUUCAGAAGUAUUCAACUAUAAAGAUAACAAUAUAGUUGAUAAUGAUGAAGAAAAUUUUCAGCAUAAUGUUACCAGUAAUGGAUCCUGUAAUAAUGAUAAGAAUCAUUUUAAUGAAAGAAGCAUUAAACAUGCAAAACACACAGAGUCUCAGAAUUCUUGCAAUCAAGAAUCUGUGAUUAAUAACCUAGUGGAACCUUAUGAUUCAGCAUUGAACCAGAGCUUAGAUAGCUGUGAUACUUUACCAUUAAAAAGAGAAAGUCGUUUUGAGUUGAAACUGCCAAUUAAAACAAUUCUAGAUCCUUUGGCUUCAAAACAAAUUAAGAGUAUUUUAGAAAAAGUCCAAAUCAAAAACAAUAACAAUGACAAUACUGUCAGUUCGAAUGAAUCCACUUUAGAAAUGCAGUUAAGCAGUGAGACUCCAAGUGAAGUUAAUGUUAUAGAAUCUGAAGCAAUUUAUUCCGAAUGUAAAGAUAAGGAUUCUUACAAUGAUGCAAAAUCAACUAAUUGUUCGAAAACUGCCAGUCCUAAUUUAGGGAAAAAUUGCAGUUUGCAAAAUUAUGAAUUAAUACCUUCAAUUUCUUUAUGGAGUAAUUUUGGUCAAGAACUGGAGAAUACUAAUGAUACUAUAGAAGAUAGGAAUAUGUCUGAUAACUUAGAAAUUUUAACAGUUACUGAAAAGAAUGAAAGAAAAAGCAGUUUUUAUUCUAAUGAUCAUGAAUUAUUGCCCGAAAUUUCAUCCUGGAAUACUCUUAAAAAUGAUUUUAUAGAUGUCAAUCAUACUCAAAAAUUUGAGAAAUCUCUAACCCAACAAUUACAAGAAUUUCCAGUACUUGAUAAUACUGCAUUUAAUAUUGCACCAACAUCUGGCAAAUCGAAAUUUGAAUUUUGUAGAUUGCAGGAAACUUCUCAAAGCAGCAAUAGUCCAAUAGGCAAAGGAAUUCAGUAUGUAAUUCCACAGUUUACACAAGAUAAUUACAAAAACGAUGGUGUAACUGGAGAAUAUGAUAGCCUAGAGUAUCCUCAUUCCAGAAGAAUGUUAAAUAUCUUCAGACAAACAUUUGGUUUAUUAAAAUUUAGACCAAAUCAACUUCAAGCAAUCAAUGCUGCUAUUCUUGGAUAUGAUUGUUUUAUCUUGAUGCCAACUGGUGGAGGAAAAUCUUUAUGUUAUCAAUUGCCAGCUUUAGUUUCACGAGGUAUUACUAUAGUUGUAUCACCUUUGAAAAGUCUUAUCAUUGAUCAAGUUCACAAAUUGACUUCACUGGAUAUCUCAGCAGCACAUUUUCUAACAGAAGCAGAGUCACAGGAUGUAUACAGAGAAUUAGCAAAACAAGAACCAACUUUGAAGCUUCUAUAUGUAACACCUGAAAAACUUUCAGUUUCUUCAAAACUCAAGCAAAUUCUUACGGCUUUAUACGAAAAAGAUUUGUUGUCCAGAUUUGUGAUUGAUGAAGUUCAUUGCAUUAGUCAAUGGGGGCACGAUUUUAGACCAGAUUACAAGAAGUUAACAGCACUUCGACUACAAUAUCCUAAAGUUCCAACUAUGGCACUAACAGCUACAGCUACGCUGUGUGUCAGGACUGAUAUACUUCAACAAUUGCGCAUGGAUGAUCCUAAAUGGUUUAUAUCAAGUUUUAAUCGGCCAAAUUUACGUUAUACUGUAUUGAAUAGAAAAGGAAAAAAAUUUGUCAAUGAAAUUGUGGAAAUGAUAAAAACGAAUUACAUGAAUAACUGCGGUAUUAUAUACUGUUUAUCGCGUAAAGAUUGCGAUUAUAUGGCUACAACCUUGCAAAAUAAUCAAAUUAAAAGUCUAAGUUAUCAUGCAGGACAUAGUGAUCAAAAGCGACUGGAAAUACAAUCAAAAUGGAUAUCAGAACAGAUAAAAGUUGUUUGUGCUACUAUUGCUUUUGGAAUGGGAAUAGAUAAGCCUAAUGUUAGAUUUGUUAUUCACGCCACUAUUCCAAAAUCCAUUGAAAGUUACUAUCAGGAAAGCGGUCGAGCUGGUCGUGAUGGUGAAAAAGCUGAUUGUAUUAUGUUUUACCAAUAUAGUGAUAUGAUGAGGCACCGAAAAAUGAUAGAAUUUGACAUAUCUGUUAAUACUAAUCAAGAAGCUCAAAACAUUCACUUAAACAAUUUAUUCAAAAUUGUGGGUUUUUGUGAAAACAAAACAGAUUGUCGAAGAUUUUUACAACUAAAUUAUUUUGGAGAGAUGUUCGAUAGAUCAUUAUGUAUGGCUAAUAAACAAACAAUUUGUGACAACUGCAGCAACAAAGACGAUUUUUAUAAUGCUGACGUCACUGAACAUGCUCGAUCACUUGUAACUUUAGUGAGAGAUAUUACUAAACCAAGAACCGCUAAUGUAACUGUUCUACAUGUUAUUAAUGUAUAUAAUGGAUCUAAUUUAAAAAAAAUUAGAGAACAAAAUCAUGAUAAACACCCUUUAUUUGGCAAAGGAAAAUCUUGGGGUGAAAGUAAAAUAGAAAGAUUAAUACAUAAAUUAAUAAUUGAAGAUUAUCUAAGAGAAAGGCUGGUUAUGUCUCGUGACACGUUUAGUUGUGCUUAUGUUGGCCUAGGACUUAAAGCUGAAGAAUUAAUGACAACUGACAUCAAAGUAACUAUACCAAUCGAGACAGAAAACCAAACUACGCUAUCUCUAGAAUCAAGUGUUAAUUCUAAUCCACAUAAGAUUACAUCUGAAGUUAGAGAACAGCUAGAAAAAGAUUUAAUUGAUCUUGAACAACGGUGUUAUACAGAUCUCGUUGAUAUUGUUACUGGUAUUGCUGAAACAUUGCAUGUAUCUACUAAUUCAAUAAUGAACAUAGUUUCUCUUAAAGCUAUGAGUCAACAAUUUCCUGAAACUAAAGAAGAAAUGCUAAAAAUAGCACAUGUAACAAAAACCAAUUUUGAUAAAUAUGGCAAUAUAUUGCUUGAUAUAACUGGAAAGUAUGCAGCAGAAAGACUUAUUUUACUAGCUGACCAAACCCUAACAACAAAAAUGGAAACUACAAUGACAAAGGAACAUUUUCAAGAUGAGGAUUUAGUUAAAGCUGAAAACAAUGUAUCAGAAAGUACUAAAAGAAAGGCUAAAGUUAGAAAUAAUAAUUUCAAAAGAUUUAAAAAAGAUACUAGUGCAUCUAGAGACAAUACUAGUGAUUGGAAUUCAACAAGCAUUUUUGGUAAUAAUAAUAACAGUAGCAGAAGUACAAAAUCAACAUCUACAAAUUGCAAAACUAGCCAUGUUAAAUUACCAAAAAGAAAGCUAUAUCAGAGUUAUCCAGAACGUUUCGUGAAACUAAUUUAGGUUUCUCUUAAAUUU